CAAUUUCAAACGUAAACAAACAUUUAAUUCUCCAAAUUUUAAGUGAAAAACUCGAAAAAUCACACAAAAAUGGAGCCCAAUUCGGGUGCAAAAGAUACCGUAACGGGCGUUUCUCGAAGCGGUAGAAUCUGCAAAAAGUCAACAAAGCUUCAAGACUUUCAAUCUCCCGAAGAAAUUGACGUUAAACCUCGAAAAUUGUCUCCCAACAAAAACACUGCUCGUUUAUUGGAUUUUCCAUCGCCAUCGCACACGAGCCAACAUGAAUCCGAAUCAUUUGGCGGCGAAGAGUCAUCCGAAGAAAGCCCGUUGCCCGAAGACGAUUGGAAUUCAAACGCGGGCGGAAGUCGAAAAGUCCCGCAUCGCAGUUUGUACAUGCAAGAAAAAUCCUCGAAACGUCAAAAACUCUUGAAAGACGGAACAAUUGUCAUGAGCAAGGCACAACGAAAGGACAAAGGCAAACCCCGAUUUACGGCGUACAUGCUGUGGGCGAAGGAAACGCGACAGCAACUCAUGGAUACAAAUCCCGACAUGGAUUUCGCCUCGGCUUCGAAGCGAUUGGGCGAAAUGUGGGCAAAUGUUCCGGGAAGUCACAAACAUCAAUGGAAACGCAAGGCGAAGAGACUUCAGACGAAAAUCAAGAAAAAUGCAAAUAAAACAGCAGCUGCUCAACAACAAGCGAAUAAAAUUGCAGCUUCGAAGGCAAUGUCAGCAAGUACCGCGAGACGCGCCGCAAAACGCAUCGAAUCCGAAGAACAACUCAAAGUACAAAAAAGUCAGUUGCCUCCGGGGAAGAAAAUUACCGGAUUGUCUCUGUCGCCGGCGGAAAAACCUCCGAAAAUGCCGAAUUAUCAACCUUUGGAUAUCGCGGCGCAUCUCAAGUUGCUCGGAGAAAGUUUAGAAACGAUUGGCGAGCGAUUAAAAGAGCACGAAGGACAAAUCACGGUAUCAGGAAGUCUUUCAGUGCUAUUAGAUAGCUUACUUUGUUCUCUCGGACCAUUAAUGUGCUUGACGACGCAAGUUCCUGAACUGAAAUUGGAGAGAUUGGGUCCAACAUUUUCCAAUACACUCGAUAAUAUUGCAUAUGUAAUGCCCGGAUUGUAAAGAAAAAAGUUUGAAAAAUACAAUUUAAGUACAAAAAAUUAAAAUUUUCUUGAUGAAUUUUAAAUUUUUAAUCAAAGCUAUAAAAAAAAAUAAAUAAAAUUAUUUGAAAAAAAAUUGUAAAAUUUUUAAAAAUAAAUAAAUUAAAAUAAUUUAAAAAA